CGCUUCUUAAAGGGCAGUUGGAGGGGGUUGCAUUUAGUUAUUUUGUUGUGCGCUAUUUGACUGGCUGCUGGCGUAGACAUUGUGGGGUUGGCUGCUGGCAAGUCGAGCGUGGUAAUUGAAAUAUGAUGCGUGUAUAAAACCCUUCGGGUUGUCAGUGCAACUAGUGGUCUCUGGUGAGUUUGCUUUCCGAGUCGCGCUGGGCAACAGGAGCGCAGGAAGAACCCUGUUCACGGCUGGGGGAGAGGGGCACGCAGAGGAGCUCUGCUAUGCACUUCCCAGGUAACGCGCAAUCCCACUCCGGGGCCAUGUGGAAUUUCACCGACACUAAUCAAUCUAUGCGUUUUACACCGACGAUACAUCCAAUAAUGGGGGACCCCGGCAACGGCAGUUCGUCAAAAAAUGCAAGUGACCCGUUUGGAAGAAACGAAGAGGUGGCGAAAAUAGAGAUCACGGUUCUGAGCAUCACCUUUGUGGUGGCCGUCGUUGGCAACUUGAGCGUUCUGUUAGCCAUGUACAACACGAAGAAAAAGAUGUCGAGGAUGCACCUCUUCAUCAAGCACCUGAGCCUGGCCGACCUGGUGGUCGCGUUUUUCCAGGUGUUGCCGCAACUCUGCUGGGAAAUCACUUUUCGCUUCUACGGACCAGAUUUCUUGUGCAGAAUUGUCAAGCACCUGCAGGUCCUCGGCAUGUUUGCCUCCACUUACAUGAUGGUCAUGAUGACACUGGACCGUUACAUCGCCAUUUGCCACCCUUUGAAGACCCUCCAGCAGCCCACUCAGAGAUCUUACAUUAUGAUCAUCAGCACGUGGAUAUGCAGCCUGGUGCUGAGCAGCCCGCAAUACUUCAUAUUUUCCCUGAGCGAGAUUAAAAACGGCUCUGACGUGUAUGAUUGCUGGGGACACUUUAUAGAGCCCUGGGGCGUGAAAGCGUACAUUACCUGGAUAACCGUAGGAAUCUUUCUCAUCCCGGUAGUUAUCCUGGUGAUCUGCUACGGGUUCAUAUGCCACAGCAUCUGGAAGAACAUUAAAUACAAAACCAAAAAGAACGCGUCAGUAUCUGCAACUAAAAACGGACUGAUAGGGAAGUCCUCGGUCAACAGUGUCACCACCAUAUCGAGAGCUAAGCUGAGAACUGUCAAAAUGACUUUCGUGAUUGUUCUGGCGUAUAUUAUUUGCUGGGCGCCUUUUUUCACCGUGCAGAUGUGGUCGGUCUGGGAUAAGAACUUCUCGUGGGACGAUUCCGAGAAUACUGCGGUCACGCUUUCCGCGCUGCUCGCCAGCCUCAACAGCUGCUGCAACCCGUGGAUCUACAUGAUCUUCAGCGGUCACCUGCUCUACGACUUUGCACACUGCUUUCCCUGCUGCCAGAAGAUGCAGCACAAGUUCAAGAAGGAGGACUCGGACAGCAGCAUCCGAAGGACCACGCUCAUAACCAAAAUGACCAACAGGAGCCCGACGUGCAGCACAGGCACCUGGAAAGACUUCGACAACUCCCCCAAAUCCUGCAGCCUCAUCCCGGCAGAACCGUGA